AUGGAGCAAGAGUCGGGUACGGAGUUCCCCGGGUUCCGAACCUAUCUUCUUCACCGAGACGAGCACACGUGCAGGAGACUACCUCCGACUCCGACCCGACUGCAGAGACGAGCCCCGUGUCCCCUGAAUCUCAACAACGGGUCAAAUCAUAAUCUGGGCUGUUUCAGUAUCGAUUCAUCUGCCUCCUCAUCCUUGACAUCUUCAGGUUCGGGAGCAAAUGAGGCGUCAGCCUCGUUCUAUGCCGGGAAAGAUCCGAUCCCUCUGCUUUCUCCGCUCGUGAUCAUGCCGCCUUCUUUGACGGAUAGUAGUACAUCUCGCUGA